CAGGUGCUGACGACGCUGGGGAGACGCUGUGAGUCCUGCUGACCCGCAGCCUUCCCGGCUGGGGCUGAAGGCCGUUGCAGAGGAUGAGGAUCCUUCCCAGCCCUGGGAUGUCUUCGCUGGUCUCCCUUGUGAAUCUCCUCUCCAUGCUGCUGAUAGGCUGCGUAGCUGAAAGUCCCCCUGUGUUCAUUAAAAAACCUGUGGACCAAAUCGGUGUGUCGGGAGGGGUGGCCUCCUUCGUAUGCCAAGCGACUGGAGACCCAAAGCCACGGGUAACCUGGAACAAGAAAGGAAAGAAAGUGAACUCUCAGAGGUUUGAGACGAUUGAAUUUGAUGAAAGUGCAGGUGCUGUUUUGAGGAUCCAGCCCCUCCGGACUCCCCGGGAUGAGAACAUUUACGAGUGUGUUGCUCAAAACCCUCAUGGGGAGGUCACCGUCCAUGCCAAGCUCACCGUCCUCCGAGAGGACCAGUUACCUCCCGGCUUCCCAAACAUUGAUAUGGGCCCCCAGCUGAAAGUGGUGGAGAGGACACGAACAGCCACGAUGCUCUGUGCGGCCAGUGGGAACCCAGACCCAGAGAUCACUUGGUUUAAAGAUUUCCUGCCCGUCGACCCCAGCGCAAGCAACGGGAGAAUAAAACAACUGAGAUCAGGGGGCCUGCAGAUUGAAAGCAGCGAGGAGACGGACCAGGGGAAGUAUGAAUGCGUCGCCAGCAACAGCGCCGGAGUGCGCUACUCCUCCCCUGCUAACCUUUACGUGAGAGUUCGCCGUGUGGCCCCUCGCUUCUCCAUCUUACCCGUCAGCCAUGAAAUCAUGCCCGGUGGCAACGUCAACAUCACCUGCGUGGCCGUGGGUUCGCCCAUGCCAUACGUCAAGUGGAUGCAGGGAGCAGAGGACCUGACGCCUGAAGAUGACAUGCCUGUGGGCCGCAAUGUCUUGGAGCUCACGGAUGUCAAGGACUCAGCCAACUACACGUGUGUGGCCAUGUCCAGUCUGGGAGUCAUAGAAGCCGUUGCUCAGAUCACGGUGAAAUCACUCCCCAAGGCUCCUGGGACGCCGGUGGUGACAGAGACGACAGCAACAAGUAUCACCAUCACCUGGGACUCUGGAAAUCCAGACCCUGUGUCCUACUAUGUCAUUGAAUACAAGUCUAAAAGCCAAGAUGGACCGUAUCAGAUCAAAGAGGACAUCACCACCACACGCUACAGCAUUGGGGGCCUCAGCCCCAACUCUGAGUAUGAGAUCUGGGUCUCUGCAGUCAACAGCAUCGGGCAAGGGCCUCCCAGCGAGUCAGUGGUUACUCGCACUGGGGAACAAGCUCCUGCCAGUGCCCCCCGUAAUGUGCAGGGACGAAUGCUGAGCAGCACCACCAUGAUCAUCCAGUGGGAGGAACCGGUGGAGCCCAACGGGCAGAUCCGUGGCUAUCGUGUGUAUUAUACCAUGGAGCCCGACCAACCUGUCAGCAACUGGCAGAAGCACAACGUGGACGACAGCCUCCUGACCACGGUGGGCAGCCUUCUCGAGGACGAAACCUACACAGUCCGGGUCCUGGCCUUCACCUCCGUGGGAGACGGGCCUCUGUCCGACCCCAUCCAGGUUAAGACGCAGCAAGGAGUUCCUGGGCAGCCGAUGAACUUCCGAGCAGAAGCCAAGACGGAGACGAGCAUCGUGUUGUCAUGGAGCCCUCCCCGCCAGGAGAUCAUAGUGAAGUAUGAGCUCCUCUAUAAGGAAGGAGACCACGGCAGAGAGGUGCCGAAGAACUUCGAGCCAACGACCUCCUUCACUUUGGAAGGCCUGAAGCCCAACACUGAGUAUGUCUUCCGGCUGGCUGCCCGCUCGGCUCUGGGCCUGGGGGCCUUCACCCCGGAGGUCAGAGAGCGCACCUUGCAGUCUAUUUUACCCAAAAACUUCAAGGUGAAGAUGGUGACAAAGACCUCUGUGCUUUUGAGCUGGGAGUUUCCUGAGAAUUACAAUUCUCCCACCCCGUACAAGAUCCAGUACAAUGGGCUGAACGUCGAUGUGGACGGCCGCACCACCAAGAAACUCAUCACCAACCUGAAGCCCCGCACGUUCUACAACUUUGUUCUGAUGAACCGGGGCAAUAGCAUGGGGGGCUUGCAGCAGAACGUCGCUGCCUGGACCGCUGCGGACAUGUUAUCGAAGAAGCCGGAGGUGACCCACAAGCCUGAUGCUGACGGCAACGUGGUGGUGAUUCUCCCAGACGUGAAGAGCUCUGUGCCUGUCCAGGCUUAUUACAUUGUGGUGGUGCCUCUAAGGAAGUCCCGCGGAGGACAGUUCCUCAACCCCUUGGGCAGCCCUGAGGAGAUGGACCUGGAGGAGCUCGUUCAGGACAUUGCCAGGCUCCGACGCCGAAGUCUGCGUCAUUCCCGACAACUGGACUUCCCCAAGCCCUACAUUGCUGCCCGGUUUCGCUCCCUCCCCUCCCACUUCAUCUUGGGGGACAUGAAGCACUACGACAACUUCGAGAACAGAGCCCUGGAGCCAGGGCAGAAAUAUGUCAUCUUCAUCCUGGCCGUGCUCCAGGAACCCGAGGCCACUUUUGCUGCUAGUCCUUUCUCCGACCCCAUCCAGCUGGACAACCCCGAUCCGCAGCCGAUCAUUGAUGGAGAGGAAGGGCUGAUCUGGGUCAUCGGGCCCGUCCUGGCCGUGGUGUUCAUCAUCUGCAUUGUUAUUGCCAUUCUACUCUACAAAAACAAGCCAGACAGCAAACGGAAAGAUUCAGAGCCACGAACAAAAUGCCUCCUGAACAAUGCUGAAAUCACCCCUCACCACCCUAAGGACCCCGUGGAAAUGAGGCGCAUCAACUUCCAAACGCCAGGUAUGCUCAGCCACCCACCAAUCCCCGUUUCCGAGCUGGCUGAACACACAGAGCAUCUCAAAGCUAAUGAUAACCUGAAAUUGUCCCAAGAGUACGAGUCCAUUGACCCUGGCCAGCAGUUCACCUGGGAGCACUCCAACCUCGAAGUGAACAAACCCAAAAACCGCUACGCGAACGUGAUUGCCUACGACCAUUCGCGCGUCAUCCUGCUGCCCAUUGAAGGAAUUGUGGGCAGCGAUUACAUCAACGCCAACUACAUCGACGGCUACCGGAAGCAGAAUGCCUACAUUGCCACGCAGGGGCCGCUGCCAGAGACCUUCGGAGACUUUUGGAGGAUGGUGUGGGAGCAGCGUUCAGCUACUAUUGUUAUGAUGACUAAGCUGGAGGAGAAAUCACGGAUAAAGUGUGACCAGUACUGGCCGGGCCGAGGUACAGACACCUAUGGAAUGAUUCAGGUGACGUUACUCGAUACCAUUGAACUGGCCACAUUCUGCGUUCGAACGUUCUCCCUUCAUAAGAAUGGCUCCAGUGAGAAACGGGAGGUCCGCCAGUUCCAGUUCACAGCGUGGCCUGACCACGGGGUACCCGAGUACCCCACCCCCUUCCUGGCUUUUCUGAGACGGGUGAAAACCUGCAACCCCCCUGACGCUGGUCCCAUUGUGGUGCACUGCAGUGCGGGCGUUGGCCGGACCGGCUGCUUCAUCGUGAUCGAUGCCAUGCUAGAGAGGAUAAAACACGAGAAGACGGUGGACAUUUACGGGCACGUCACCCUCAUGAGGUCACAGCGCAACUACAUGGUACAGACAGAAGACCAGUACAGCUUUAUACGGCUCGAGGCUGUUGCUUGCGGCAACACAGAGGUCCCAGCUCGGAAUCUCUACACCUACAUCCAGAAACUGGCGCAGAUUGAAGUCGGAGAGCACGUGACAGGCAUGGAGCUGGAGUUCAAGCGACUCGCCAACUCCAAAGCCCACACCUCCAGGUUCAUCAGCGCCAACCUCCCAUGCAACAAAUUCAAGAAUCGCCUUGUCAACAUCAUGCCAUACGAGACCACGCGGGUCUGCCUUCAGCCCAUCAGAGGAGUGGAAGGGUCAGACUACAUCAACGCCAGCUUUAUUGACGGCUACAGACAACAGAAGGCGUACAUUGCUACUCAAGGGCCACUGGCAGAGACCACUGAAGAUUUCUGGCGGAUGCUAUGGGAGAACAACUCCACCAUUGUCGUGAUGUUGACUAAGCUUCGCGAGAUGGGUCGGGAAAAGUGCCAUCAGUACUGGCCAGCGGAGCGCUCUGCCCGGUACCAGUACUUUGUAGUAGAUCCCAUGGCUGAAUACAACAUGCCUCAGUACAUCCUGCGAGAAUUCAAGGUCACUGAUGCCAGGGACGGUCAGUCACGAACCGUUCGUCAGUUCCAGUUCACUGACUGGCCAGAACAAGGCGUGCCAAAAUCGGGAGAAGGUUUUAUCGAUUUCAUUGGACAGGUACAUAAGACCAAGGAACAGUUUGGCCAGGACGGCCCCAUCUCUGUCCACUGCAGUGCUGGCGUGGGCAGGACUGGAGUGUUUAUCACAUUGAGUAUCGUCCUGGAAAGAAUGCGUUAUGAGGGUGUUGUAGAUAUUUUCCAGACAGUAAAGAUGCUGCGAACACAACGACCUGCUAUGGUGCAAACAGAGGAUGAGUACCAGUUCUGUUACCAGGCAGCGCUGGAGUAUCUGGGAAGUUUUGAUCACUAUGCAACAUAAAAAGCCAUCCGUUGUGCAGACUCUACCAACCACUUAAGUCCUGGAAGGCCUCUUUUGACCCAGGAGGAGCGCUUGAACUUAGAAAACUGAAUCAGAAGAAGUACCUUUUCAUCUGGACAACGCAUCGGGGAGCAGGGGGGAGGAUUGAAAGGAACACCCCUUCAGGAACUCCAUGUUGUAACCUGGACCGUGAAGAGGCAGCUCAGGAGAUCGCUGAAGGACUGCUUUAAGUGGUGAACUGCUCUUGUUACCUCAAGUGGUGUUCGCUGUGGAGGACGUAUGGACAUCAUGAAACAGAUC